AUGCAUGUGUGCGUGUGUAUGUUUUGAGCGUGGAGGCAGUACGUAGCUAGUGGGGGGAUGUGUGGCAACUUGAGAGUUCUCUAGCUAAGUUUCUGUGGCGGAGGACUGCGGCCGCCAUAUCUUCAAGGGAAAGUGUCACCUUUAUUCGUUUUGUAUGCCGCUUACGGUACACCGGAACGUGGUGUUUCGUGAAUAUAGAGAUUGUUCCAGAUAACUAUGCUAACGUUAACGCGCAACCCGCACUCUAGUCUGAUUUUUUUUUUAAAGAAAGGGGCGUGUUCUUGCUAUCUUGACUGAAAGCCCCGCUCUCUACCCGUACUAACUACAGCACAUCUGAGGCUGAAAAAAUUACCUCCCUUGCUAGAAACCAGGGUCCCUACACUCUCGCCUUUCUUUUAAGCGAACCAUGUCCUUAUAGGUGGCCGGAGCCACUUGAUUCUGUCGAAAAACGCUUGUUCGAAGACACAAUGGAGGACUGAAGCGCAGAGGACAUUUUCGCACCGAAAUUUACCGGCUUUUCGGCCGAGGCGUAGCUAGCUUGGUAGCUAGCUAGCUACCAAAAAACCUGGGCUCCACAAACGGCCGGUUGCCGAGCUGCCCUUUAAAACGAUAAGGGGCGGGGCCUGAGGCAGCCAGUGCAAGGGGGGACCCCAUGCGGAAGCCUCGAAGGAGGGGCCGCCAGGCCGGGGGCAGCCCCGGCGCCGGGGGGGCGGCGGCGGCGGCGGCGGGCGGCAGGGGCGGGGCCGGGCGCGGGGGCGGCGGCAGGAGCAUCCACCAGCGCUCGCCCUCGCCCUACAGCCUGAAGGUGUCGCCGGCCCGGGAGACCCUGACCUACGCCCAGGCCCAGAAGAUGGUGGAGGUGGACCUGGACGGGCGCCUCCACCGGAUCAGCAUCUUCGACCCGCUGACCGUCAUCACCGAGGACGAGAUGACGGCGCAGGACAUCGCCGAGUGCAACAGCAACAAGGAGAACAGCGAGCAGCCGCUGCUCCCCAGCAGCGCCAAGCCGGGCCGCCGGCCGCCGGCCGCCAAGGGCCGGAGGAAGGACGCCAAGCACUCCUCCUCCUCCUCGUCCUCGUCCUCGUCCGCGCAGCACGGCCACGCCAACUCCCAGCAGCAGUCCAAGUCGCAGGCCAACGCGUCCCACCACCCGCUGCACCACGGGCCCCUCCCGAAACCCUCCUUCCGCGUGCUGGAGGCCUUCUCCCCCACCGACGCCCCGCCCCUCCCCGCCGCCUACUACCGCUACAUCGAGAAGUCGGCGGAGGAGCUGGACACGGAGGCGGAGUACGACAUGGACGAGGAGGACCUGGCCUGGCUGGAGAUGGUCAACGACAAGCGGGCGUCGGACGGCCAGGCCGCCGUGUCGCCGGACACCUUCGAGCUGCUGAUGGACCGGCUGGAGAAGGAGUCGUACCUGGAGUCGCGCAGCCAGGCGCCGUCGCAGAGCGCCAUCGACGAGGACGCCUUCUGCUGCGUCUGCCUGGACGACGAGUGCCUCAACAGCAACGUCAUCCUCUUCUGCGACAUCUGCAACCUGGCGGUGCACCAGGAGUGCUACGGCGUGCCCUACAUCCCCGAGGGCCAGUGGCUGUGCCGCUGCUGCCUGCAGUCGCCCUCGCGGCCCGUCGACUGCGUCCUCUGCCCCAACCGCGGCGGCGCCUUCAAGCAGACCAGCGACGGGCGCUGGGCGCACGUGGUGUGCGCCAUCUGGAUCCCCGAGGUCUGCUUCGCCAACACGGUGUUCCUGGAGCCCGUGGAGGGCGUGGACAACAUCCCGCCGGCGCGCUGGAAGCUGACGUGCUACCUGUGCAAGCAGAAGGGCCGCGGCGCCUCCAUCCAGUGCCACAAGGCCAACUGCUACACGGCCUUCCACGUGACCUGCGCCCAGCGCGCCGGCCUCUUCAUGAAGAUCGACCCGGUGCGCGAGACCAACGUCAACGGCACCACCUUCUCCGUCAAGAAGACGGCAUUCUGCGACGCGCACUCGCCGCCGGGCAAGGGCGCGCGUGCCGGCUCGGACGAGGACGACGAGGAGGAGGAGGAGGACGAGGAGACGGGCGGCCGGGUGGUGGGCGGGCGGGGCAACCGGGGCAGCAGCGCCUACACGCAGAGCCCCGCCGUGCGGGCGCACCGGCGCGGGGGCAAGAAGAAGGGCGCCGCCGCCUCCUCCUCCUCCUCCUCCUCCUCCAGGCGGCUGAAGAAGAAGGUGAAGAAGAGCCUGGAGGCGGCGUCCCGCCGCGCCGCCGCCGCCAUGCCGCUGGUCACCGUGCCGCAGAUCCCCGCGCACAGGCUGAACAAGAUUUGCAAAGGGGUCCUCCUCCAGAGGAAGAACCAGUUCCUGCAGCGGCUGCACAACUACUGGCUCCUGAAGCGCCAGUCUCGCAACGGCGUGCCGCUCAUCCGCCGCCUGCACUCGCACCUGCAGGCCCAGAGGAGCGCCGAGCAGGCGGAGCCGGAUGAGAAGGUGUGCGCUGUGAGGGAGGAGCUGAAGUACUGGCAGAAGCUCCGGCACGACCUGGAGAGAGCCCGGCUGCUGGUGGAGCUGAUCCGCAAGAGGGAGAAACUCAAGAGGGAGCAGGUGAAGGUGCACCAGGCCACGCUGGAGAUGCAGCUGACCCCUGCGCUGGUGCUGCUGCGCUCCACGCUGGACCAGCUGCAGGAGAAGGACCCCGCGCAGAUCUUCGCCCAGCCCGUCAACCUCAAGGAGGUCCCUGACUACCUGGAGUUCAUCUCCCAGCCCAUGGACUUCUCCACCAUGCGGUCCAGGCUGGAGGCGCACGGCUACCGCUCGCUCGCCGAGCUGGAGGGCGACUUCAACCUGAUGGUGGCCAACUGCCUGCGCUACAACUCGCGCGACACGGUCUUCCACCGGGCGGCCGUGCGCCUGCGCGACCUAGGGGGCGCCAUCCUGCGCCACGCCCACCGCCAGGCCCACAGCAGCGGCCUGGACCCCGACACCGGCAUGCUGCUGCCCGACUCGCCCCACAAGAACGACUACUACCGCUGCUCCUGGGAGGACGUGGACACCCUCCUGGUCCCGGAGAACCGGCUGCACCUCUCGGUGGAGGAGCAGCUGAAGGAGCUGCUGGACAAGCUGGACAUGGUGACGUCCAUGCGCUCGAGCGGGGCGCGGACCCGCCGCAUCCGCCUGCUGCGCCGCGAGAUCAACAGCGUGCGCUACCGGCUGGGCCAGCAGCAGCAGCAGCAGCAGCAGCGCCACCUGCUGACGCUCAACGGCGCCGUCAAGGAGGAGGACGAGGAGGAGGAGGAGGAGGAGGCGGUGGAGGAGGACAACAACGAGGGAGAGGGGGACGAGAAGGAGGAGAGCGACGACAUGAAAUCCACCCCUCCACCAACGCUUGAACCCACAAGCCCUGCCCUGUCCCACCCCCAGGGAGACGCCCCCCUGGACCCCCCCACGCUGCGGCCGGUGACGGGGGAGCCCCGCCCCCCCGGCCGCUCGCACAAGCGCCUGAAAUGGGACGCUGAAGGCGGGGGCGGCGGCGCCGGAGGAGGCGGCCCCAGCGCGGAGAACGCCGGCGGCGGGGGCGCAGGAGGAGGAGGAGGAGGAGGGGGAGGAGGAGGGGGGGAGGAGACGCCGCGCUCGCCCGGAGAGGGCCGCAUGGUGAACGGGGUCUCCCCCCCCGGGGCUCCCCGCACCCCUCCCUCCGUGGGACGCCGCACCUCCGUCCUGUUCAAGAAGGCCAAAAACGGGGCCAAGCUGCUGAAGGACAGAGAGAGCCCCCUGCAGAACGGGGGGGCGGCGGCGGCGGCGGGCAACGACGAGGCCCCCCCCGGGGCUGCCGGCUCCCCCCCCGCCCCCAACUCCACCCCGAACCCUUCCGCAGUCACACCGCCCAAAGCUGCCGUCGCCACCCCGCCCCCUCCCUCGCCCCCCACCCCCCGGCAACGGCCCAGAAGCCUCAGCGCCAGUUCAGAGAGCGAGGGGGAGAAGUCGCCCCGCCCCGCCCGAGAGGGAGGCCUGACGAAUGGAUUCAGGAAGCACAGAGAUAGCUGCUCGGACUCGGAGUGUAGCCCCUCCCCCACCUUCCGCAAGGACAGCGCCUCCCCUCCCAAACGGGGCCGGGGGAAGCCGGCACUGUCUAAAGUCCCCUUCCUGGACGGGGUGAACGGAGAUUCGGACUACACUGGCUCAGGGCGUAGCCUCCUGAUGCCGUUUGAGAACGGGGCGGAGCUGGAGCCCCUGGACCUGGUGUGGGCCAAGUGUCGAGGGUACCCGUCCUACCCUGCCCUGAUCAUCGACCCGGACAUGCCCCAGGAGGGGCUGCUGCACAACGGGGUGCCCAUCCCCGUGCCCCCCCAGGACGUGCUGAAGCUGGGGGAGCUCAGGCAGGAGGAGGUGGGGGAGAAGCUCUUCCUCGUGCUCUUCUUCGACAACAAGAGGACCUGGCAGUGGCUCCCGCGCAGUAAGGUGGUGCCGCUGGGCGUGGACGACACGGCCGACAAGCUGCGCAUGAUGGAGGGGCGCAAGACCAGCAUCCGCAAGUCCGUGCAGGUGGCGUACGACCGCGCCAUGAUCCACCUGAGCCGCGUGCGCGGAGACCACCCCUUCGUCACCUCCGGCUACCUGUAG